UUGCGAAGAAGCUGACAGUGGAGUGCAAUGGAGAGCUUAUGAAAUGAAUUAAAGAAAAUGAGAAAGUAAGAAAAAGAAGAAAAAAAACAAUUGUGAUUCCUGAGUUGAAUGAAGAAGCAUGGGGAAUGUGGAUCCUCAACUUCCACCACUUCCAAAUCCAAAUGAUUGGUCAAUCCACGAUAACAAAGACGAUUUGGUAUUUCCCCCAAUUCACCACGAAAACCUCCAAAUUCUCUCACCACAUUCAGACCACCACACCCCCCAAUCACCUCCUUCUCCCUCACCCUUCCAUUCUCGGAUUCGCGGCUGGACCACUAUCGCCCUCCAGAUCUUUCGUUCCAAGCUUUCCUCUUUCAGGAACAAAGGGGCAAUUUGGUCAAUUGGGGUUCCCGCUGCGGCGCUCUUAAUGUUCUGCUGGAUCAUCACCGCCGCGAAGAAGAAGAGAACCCUCACACCCAAUGAAGCUCGUCUCAUCUCCAUCGUCAAGCAAAAAGAACAGAAAAUUGCCCAACUAUUGAACCAGAUUGCACAAAUGAACGAAAUACUUAUCGAUCGUCACAAGGCUCUGGCUGCGAAAGUGGACUAAUGAUUGCCUAUAGGUUGUGAAAAUGCUGAGUGAUUUAACAUGUACUCAGAACUGGCAUCUGCAAAGCAAAUGGCUGACGAAUUGAAGUGCCAACGUUGAAGAAGGAAGUUCUCCACUCCUCAUGAUUCGUCAAUGACUAGAUCAGCAAGGAAAUGGCUGAAUUCUCUUAACUGUACUAAUGGUUAUUCAGCUAAGUUCUUUGUGCUAUAGAUCUUCAGCGCAUGUUUCAUUUGUGCAGGCCCUUGAUGUUAACUAAAUGACUCCCACCAUAUUUGGUGAGCUUUUUGGAAAAUCCCAUUUUUUUUAUUUAAUAUAUUUGAGAUGCAAGCCAUAGAACGUGUCAUUCUACAUGGUUUAAUAUAUUUUCAGGCUGAAUUACGGUUUUUCA